AUGUCUGGGGCUCUUCCGCAAACCCUUCGCUCCAUCACCGACAUCAAAAUCGCCGAGCUUUCCAAACAGCGCUCGCUCUUUGAGAAGCAACGAGAGGAGAUUCUUCAAGCAGCCGCAGACGCACCCGAUCUGCGGUCCAAGGCACGGGCUCUCUUGGAGGGAAUCACCAAGCUCAAUGGCUACCCAAAUGAUGCUUUCGACCGAGAGGAUCUGGAUACACAAUCUGGAGAGUCGGAGGCCGAGACUACUGUGGAGGACACUACCGUCCGUGCUGCCCAUAUCAAUAUCCGCCGCUUUCUUCUGCAGUGUCAGUUUGACCCGUCGGUAUCGGACCGGAGCUUAGGCGAUUGGGUUGCGCAGCUCGAGGAAGAGUUAAACUUCCUGCACACCCGUCACGAACAUGCUUCCUUCUACAGCAACCUGGUCACGGAGUGGCUGACCGGCCUUGAGUCCGAGGGAGACUCCGCUGAGGAACAAGGCUCUGAGUCCGAGCCCGCAAGACGUGCUGAAAUGCAGGAGCAGCGAGCAACGUGGGAGCAGUAUGUGUUCAACGACGCGAAUGUAGAUGAGAAAACAAUCAACGAAUACCUUGACGGUCUGUUCACAAAAACGAACCAAUCUCAGCAAGCGUUGAAAACCCUGCGGCAGAAGGUGAAGGCCUUUGGCGAUGACUAUACAUCGACACGGGCUCGGUUUGAUGUUGACACGCUUCAAUGGGUGAGCAAGGCCCUCUUGAAAUCCGACUCUCUCACCAAGGAAAAGUCCGCCAUCCUGAAGGAUUUUAUGCUCAACAAGGCUGUUGCCCAGGAGGUGGCGGAUGUUUUGAACAUGCGCCUUGCGGCCCUUGAUAGCUGGCAAUGGCCACCCGAGGGUCUCCCUCUGGAAAUGCGUCGUCAGCUGAACGGCAAGUACCGGGUAUUCCAGGAUGAGGAUCUGCUGGACAGUCUUCUGUUCCAGUAUCUCGGGCUCUAUUGGGCAGUGACUUUCCGAACCGCAUUUGUCAAUUUCCAGAAGACCUGGGCCUGGAAAAGCCUGCGUCAGCCUAUCUCGAAGUCGGAGCGGGUGCGGCGUCAACACUUCCUGGGUAGGGAUAACGGGCGGGGCGUCAGGUCCGUGAACGACGCGAGACGCGAUACGUACAGAACCGAUUAUUUCAUGACUCAAUUGCCUUCCUCGUUAACUGCAGGUGGGCGGGGGUAUGAUGACGAUAACGACACCGACGAUGUUGAGGAAGAUAACCGCAAGAACGCCCUGGAGACAAAGCACUCGCUUCUCCACCUCCUGAUUACGGAGACUAUCGUGCAGACCCGUAUUCAUGGACAAUUCACGGCCAUUCGGUCGGACUUCAAGGACUUUGGACCGUCUAUCCCACAUACCACGAUGCUCACUGUGCUGGCGUACUUUGGAGUGCCACAGAAUUGGCUCGAUUUCUUCAAGAAGUUCCUGGAGUGUCCCCUCAAGUUUGCUCAAGAUGGACCAGAGGCCACGGUGCAGACCCGUAGACGCGGAAUCCCCACAAGUCAUACACUCUCGGACUGCUUCGGGGAGGCUGUACUGUUCUGCAUGGAUUACGCAGUGAACCAAAGCACGAAUGGUGCUUACUUGUAUCGCAUGCACGAUGAUUUCUGGUUCUGGGGUCAGAAGCAGACUUGUGUCAAAGCUUGGAAUACUAUGACCGAGUUUGCUCAAGUGAUGGGUCUCGCAUUUAACGAGGAGAAGACCGGAACAGUGCAUCUGGAGAAUAAAGACAGGUCCGGCCAACAGCCGUAUCAAGACUUGUCUUCCUACGCAAAGAUCGAGCAAACCGAGGGCUCGAAUGCUCUACCCACCGGCGACAUCCGGUGGGGCUUUUUGAAGCUUGACGCUCAGGAGGGCCGAUUCAUCAUUGACCAAGAGGAAGUGGACAGCCACAUCUUGGAGCUCCAGCACCAGCUCUCUGCAUGCAAGAGCAUCUUCUCCUUCGUUCAGGCAUGGAAUAGCUACUUCGGUCGCUUCUUCGCGAAUAAUUUCGCCAAACCGGCCAUGUGCUUCGGACGGAGUCACAUCGAUAUGGCCAUUACCACACUUAGCCGCAUUGAGCGCACCAUCUUCCCAGAUAGCCCCAGCGGCGUCACCGACCACCUUCGAAAGAUGAUCGCUGAGCGAUUCGAUAUUCACGAUCUCCCCGAGGGUUUCUUCUACUUCCCCGUUGAAUUUGGCGGUCUCGAACUCACGAACCCGUACAUUCCUCUUCUCGCCAUGCGCGAGAACAUCAAGCAAACGCCUUCCGGCCGCCUCCAAAAGGCCUACACCAAGGAUGAGACCGAAUAUCACACCGCCCAAGAACGAUUUGAGAAAGACGGGCCUGAGGAACCAGCCUCUGCUGAAGUUUUCGGUGACGAUGAGGACCCGACUGCCUUUAUGUCUCUGGAAGAGUACGCCCGCUACUCAGAGACGUAUAGUAGCCACCUUCUCGACGCAUACAAUGAUCUCGUUGGCGUCCCGCUCGAAGUGACGAUCAACCAGUCACCAAAGCUUCGCAUCAACCAGAUGACAUUGGAGGAGGACCCCAGCAGCCGUCUGGUCCUUUCUAACAAAUGGGAUACAAUGCCGCCGUACUGGAAGUGGACAGCGGAACUGUACCAGGGGGAGAUGGUGAAGAGAUAUGGCAGUUUGACCGCAGUGAGUAAGGAGCUCAUGCCGUUGGGAGUUGUGCAGACCUUGAAGCAAGGCAAGUUCCGGUGGCAGGGCUAG